AUGGUUAGACCAGCUUCCUUUAAUGAUUUUACACGUCUGGUUUCAUUGGCUGCCGAAGCUCAAAACGACGCCGCCAUUGCAAAACCUCCCGGUUUUUCUGUUUCUGAAGUGACUGAAAUAUCCUUAAACAAAUACACCGUAAAUCGAAAAUAUCGAACUCUUUUGACUUUUCCAGAGGGGCUUUUCCGUCAGGCCGAUAACUUAAAAUCGAACACAAAGAACGACACUCUUCCAAGAAAAGGAAGAAACCACCGAAAAGGUCUCAUUUCAUUUACCACUGUCAAAGCUAAAACCCCUCCAAUACCCCCUGACCUAAUCAGCCCACAGAAAAACCGAACUAAAAAAAAAAAAAAAUCUAGAACGGGAACUCCAGAAACCUCUCGGGAACUUUGCCCUGAUCGCAUCCUCGACGACAUCGGCGGGGCGUUUGGGAUGGGAGCGGUGGGAGGAUCGGCUUUCCACUUCCUCAAGGGCUUCUACAACUCGGCAACUGGUUCAUGCUUCCUCCGCGGCUCACAAGCCCUUCGUAUGAAUGCUCCGCGUGUGGGUGGAAGCUUCGCUGUCUGGGGAGGUCUCUUCUCUGCCUUCGAUUGCACCAUGGUUUAUGUUCGCCAAAAGGAAGACCCUUGCAACUCCAUCUUCGCCGGAGCCGCCACCGGUGGCUUCCUUCAGAUGCGCCAAGGACUCGGCGCCUCAGCUCGAUCGGCCCUUUUGGGUGGGGUCCUAUUGGCUCUUAUCGAAGGAUCUGGGAUCAUGCUCAACAAAGUCCUCUCCGCCCAACAAAGUAUGCCUGUAAUGAUCGAAGAACCGGGGCAUGGGGUUGGUCUCCCAAUGGGCUUGCCGAGUCAGACCGGAAAUACGGUUGGAUCUUCCUCGGAUUCAGGUUGGUUUGGAGGGUGGUUUGGUGGAGGCAAGAAGAAAGAUGAGGUCAGAAGUGGAGGUGCCAAAACAGAGAUUUUGGAGAGUUUUGAUGCACCGCCCUUGCCAACUUUUGAGUUAAAGUGAAAUGGAGCAUUUAAAGAGCGGAUGUGUUACAAUGAUUAAUCAACAGCUAGAUGCAAAUUUCUCUGUUUGCUCGCCAAAGAAAGAAGAUUGAAGGAUGGGUUGCUUUACGUUGCCUCGAACUUCAUUUUCUGAUGAAACCAAGUUGAUCUUUCCAUGACCCUGGACUGGCGUAAGGCAGACUGAUUGCUGAUGGUUAACUAUGUUCCUUUAUCUAGCAGGUAAAUGGUCGCUGAAUUUCAGAUUUAUAGCAGAAGACAAAACAUGGCCGGCUUUAUUAUUGUCCAAGAAAAAACAAAAAACAAAUCCUGACAAUCAAAAUCGAACCAAAAUUUUAGUAAAUUACCAUUUCUCACACAAUAAAAAAAAAAAAAAGAUAAUUCGCAUAAAAAUAAAAUGCGAUCAUUAUCAUUUAUAUUCCGCUCACUCUCUCGCUAUUAUCACCAUUCUGAAACUCCCUCUCCUCCUCACCCUACCUCUCUUCUCGGCUCUAUGGCCACAUACGAAGCUUCCGAGCCCAUCAGCCCAUCCAACACCAGCGUGGGCUAGAAUGGAACCGGCGUAAUGGGCCGAUCCAUGUGUGCUCAUCUAAUCAACUCUGGCUACACUCUCACCGUCUUCAACCGAACCCUCUCCAAGGCCCAACCCCUCGUCGACGUGGGUGCUCGCCUAGCCCAGACUCCUCACAACCUCGCCGCCCAAUCCGACGUUGUUUUCUCCAUCGUCGGCUACCCUUCGGACGUCCGCCAAGUCCUUCUCGGUCCCACUGACGGAGCCCUCUCCGGUGUCCGUCACGGCGGCAUACUCGUGGACAUGACAAUAUCGGAACCUUCCCUCGCCGUCGAAAUAUCCGCUGCCGCCUCCUCCAAGAACUGCUACUCCAUCGACACCCCCGUCUCUGGAGGCGACCGAGGUGCCAAGAACGGGACCGUCGCCAUAUUCGCGGGCGGAGAGGAAGCCAUCGUCCACCGUUUAAACGCCCUUUUUACCCUCAUGGUAAAAAUUAAUUACAUGGGCCCCAGCGGGAAAGGCCAAUUCGCAAAAUUAGCGAAUCAAAUCACGAUAGGAUCAACCACGGUCGGAUUAGUAGAAGGAAUUAUUUACGCCCACAAAGCAGGGCUCAAUGUGGCGUCAUUUUUGGAUGCGAUAUCAAUGGGGGCAGCUGGCUCCAAAAUCAUUGGAUUUGUAUGGGAGAAGGAUUUUGAAGAGGGAUUUCGAUCCGGGCUUCUUCGUGAAUCAUUUUGUUAAGGAUUUGGGGAUUUGUUUAAAGGAUUGUCAAAACAUGGGACUUGCUUUGCCCGGUUUGGCUUUGGCUCAACAGCUUUAUUUGUCGCUUAAGGCUCAUGGGGAAGGGAAUUUGGGAACCUAAGCUUUGAUUUUGGCUCUGGAGAGGCUCAACAACGUGACCCUUGAUUCUUAAACCCGGUAAACCAUUAAAUACUUACAUGUUUGUUAAAUUCUAGUACUACAUUGACGAUCCUUGUUCAAUAUUAUGGCAACUUAAAAUUAUGCUGUGUCAUUGUUUGUUGCAGUUUAUAAAAUUUUCAGUUUGGUGA